CCGACACCCACGUUAGCGACGACGAACAUGGUUGAUGGCCUCUGAGUUAUAACAAGGCGCGCUAUUUGUCUCACCGCUGAGGUCAUCCGCUGCCUUUGCGGAAGUGGAGAGGCACGUAGCGGGCUCAGUCAUACUUCUUGACAGCUCAGCAGUUCGCAGUACAUAAUCGUACAUAGUAUAUAAUGGUUGCACUCAACAUCCGACGCAAUAUCCAGGACAUGCAGGAUCCCGAUCCCGCCAUGCUUGCUUGGACCCGCCUUCCGACGCCCCAUCCGCACGAAAAGCUAUCCAACGCGGCAGGCGACAUUUCCUCAAGCUCCCCAGUGGCACCUCCAAAAGCACUAUCUAUUUUGACUGCUGGAGUCGCUGAUACCCUCCUUCCCUCCCCUCUGCCAUCGCCACGCGCGAUAUCGACAAGUGGCAGCAGCAAGACGGCCGCUUUCUUUGGCACUCCCUUCGCUUCGACCGGACCGUCGACACCCGCGCCACCGCCCCCUCCCCCGCGCAAUGAUACUGCCACUGUCCCCCAACCGAAUGAGUCUACUCCUGCUCGCUCCGCCACCGCCGAUUUCUUCGCCAUUAGUACGUCGGGAAUACGUCCCACACCGCCACCGAGCAUAAAGUCCUCAGCCAGUUCUCGGGAGUCGUCACCACCUCGUCUCCCGCCGCUCUCACGCUUCUUCCCUUCACGAAAUGCUGCCGAUCCCUUCCUCGAGGAGCAAGAUAUGCAAGAUAAGGAUGCUUUGAAUCGUCGGAGGAAAGGUGCUGAAUGGGAAACGAAUUUCAAACGUGAAUUCGUGACUCUGACGGACGCCAGUCUUCAACUCCCGCCUUCUCCGCCACUGACGACAAGUCCAACCCAAGCGAAACCUCUCCCACCUGCGAUAGAGAGUUAUAGGCUGCCUGAGCCGCACCUACGUCAUGCUGCUGGACACAAUGUUCCAAUCCGUCGUGAGACGCAUUUAGUCGGCGCCUCACACGGGUCUGGUGAUUCGGGCUCUGAGGGAGCUAUUCCGGCAUCAGCCCCGGUACUUGCUGCCGGAAUGCACCUUGAAUCCGGAACUGCAAAGUUGACGCUAGUGCGUGCUUUCGGAGAAGGUGCAUUCAGUAGUGUGUGGCUUGCGACAGACGAUGCAGGAACGUUAGCGCCUCAAGCCGUUCCUCAGUCUUCAGGGCGUCCCGAGACGCUUAGGAGGAAGAGCUCGAGCUGGGCAAAGAAAGGACGCGAUAGACGGAUGCAAGGGAUCAAACCACUCUCAACAAUUGGGACAAGUCUCUUGAGCAAGCUUCAUGGUCAAAUAGAGAAUGCAGAUGGAAGCGUUAUUCUUGAUGAACAAGACGGCGAAGGCGCGACUGCAGCAACGGAAAAUUCCACCCAAGCUGUACGGUCCAAAGGAACGCUUGUUGCUGUCAAAAUGAUAGAGCGUGCACUUUGUGAUGCCAACGACCGCACACGAAUCAGCUUUGUUCGUGAAGUCGAAGUAUUGAGGCACAUCGCACACCCGUCUAUUGUUGCGUACCUUCAUUCAUUUACUUCCGGUACCCACCACUGUCUCGUGCUUGAGCAUAUCGGCGGCGGCGAGUUGUUCGAGCUUGUCAACUCUGAUGAGCAAUUUGGUCGAGUGACAGAACCGGCAAUACGUCGUAUGUGGGGUGAACUUUGUCGCGCAGUUGGUUGGAUGCACGGUGUUGGCCUCGUCCAUCGUGACAUCAAGCUUGAAAAUAUUCUUCUCACACAGAAUGUUUUUGCUACAAAUAAUCCUCUUCCACCACUUGGUACUCCACUCAUCAAGCUCACUGACUUCGGUCUUAGCCGGUUUAUCGACCCCGCAUCGCCUUUGCUUUCCACACGCUGCGGUUCCGAGUCAUAUGCUGCACCAGAACUCGUCCUUGGUACAAGCAAACCUCGUCCAGCCAUUGUCGACGGUGGUGCAUCUGAGCCCAGCGAGUCACGAGGUUACUAUGACGGACGCCAGACAGAUGCAUGGGCAUGCGGUAUAGUUCUUUACGCUCUCGCCACGCGUCAGCUACCUUUCGAUGCCCCACCGCCUUUCCUAGUUUCGAGUGCAGCACCUUCACGCGCGGGCAGUGUACGUAGUGCCCAUAGCAGUCGUAGUGCAGCGUCUGGGUCUGUUCACCCGCGACAAAUCAAUCGUAGGCGAGACAUGUUGAUGCGCGUUGCUCAAUGUGAAUACCACUGGCCUGAUGAGAUUCAAUUCGGUGACGACGAUGCAAACGGUUCAAACUAUGAAGAAGACGAAGAAUUGGACGCCCCGUUGGCAGCAGCUCGACGCCUUGCCUCGCCAGGUCUGAAACGCGUAGUCAGGAGGCUUUUGGAGCGUAUUCCUGACCGUCGUGCGAGACUAAUAGAUCUCUGGGACGAGCCAUGGCUUCGUGGGGAAGGUGCUCCAACGCCACCGCUUUGUGCGGCGCUCUCCGCUGAUAGUGCGGAUGACAGAUUGGAUCACGAAGAUGAAGAAUGGCAGUCACACGAGGGCGUCCUCCUUGAUGAGGAGCAUAUCGAUAGCGUAGCGAGCCAGGAUUUGGAUCCGUUAUAGAGCCUAACUUUUUUUCUUUUCCCGCGUUCAAGAGGCGACGUCACCUUGAGUUCUUUUUCUUUUCAUUUUAUGAUUGGUCCCUUGAUAACUUGUCUAGUAUGCACACAACCCGUAACCGAUAUUGUGGCGGCAUCGCGUUACUCCCCCCCUCCCCCCCCAUUAUUUUCCUCCUCACUGUCUCUGCAUAAUAAUUUCCUCUUUCUCUUUUCCAACAUACGUAGAUUCCAACGAUGUAUAUACGCAAUUCACUCCUCCACUGUCGCAUAUGUUCAUUUUAAUCGCC